UGACAAUUUCACCGUCUACUCCCAUUUUCGUUUUCUCCAUAACUUUUCAUGUUCUCCAUAAGUAACAGAGCCUCACUGACUCAACUCCGCCUAUUCUGAUCAUCAGAUCUUUACAUUUAUCUCAGUUAUCAAUAGAAAGAGUCAUGGAGGAUAAUCAGCAAGAUUCUAUGCGUCCUCCUCUACCUCAAACCUUUAAAGAUAGAGAGGAACUUAUUAACUAUGUUCGUGAUUUUGGCGUGAGCCAAGGUUAUGUAAUGACUAUUAGGAAGUCAAGGAAAGACAUUAGUGUUGUCCUUGGCUGUGAUAGAGGAGGAGGUCGUCGUAGUCGAAAUAAGUCCGAGGCUCCUAAACGCAAAAGAAAGGAAUCCUCACGCCUCAUAAAUUGCCCUUUUGAGGUCAUUGGUAGAAAAGAAGUAGAUGCUUGGGAGCUUCACAUAAGAAACGGAGAACACAACCAUGAGCCUUUAAAAGAUAUGUCUGAGCACAGAUUUAGUCGCCGUUUCAAUGAAGAAGAGGCUAGGCAAGUUAAGGAAAUGAUCGAGGCAGGCAUAAAACCACGCCAAGUGCUUGAGACUCUAAAGCAAAGCAAUCCACAACUUCAGACAACCCCAAGGCAUUUGUACAAUCUUAAAGCUAAAAUCCGCGAAGGAAAUUUCUCAGAAGGAAGCUUCAAGUCAUGGAGGCCUAAUGUGUCUGCUGCAGGAGCUUCCAGUGACAAAAUCAACGAAAUCAAGGUUUCCAAUUUUAUUGGUGGAAAAUUUGUGGAAUCACAAGGGAUUAUCUUUGAUGUUGUUGUUAAUCCUGCAACUCAAGAGGUUGUAUCUCAAGUUCCAUCAACAACAUAUGAAGAGUUCAAAGCCGCUGUUAUGUCAGCAAAAGAAGCUUUUCCUUCGUGGAAGAAUACACCUGUGUUCUCUCGACAGCGUAUGAUGAUGAAGCUCCAAGAGCUCAUACACAGAGACAAAGAGAAGCUUGCCUUGAUUAUUAGCACUGAACAGGGGAAGACAAUUAAGAAUGCUCAUGCUGAUAUCCUCCAUUGGUUAGAGGUGGUUGAACAUGCUUGUGAGAUUACAGCUGUACAAUGGGGGGAAUUUGUCGCAAAUGCUUCUAACGCGAUUGAUACAUACUCCAUCAGGGAACCUCUAGGUGUUUGUGCUGGGAUAUGCAAUUCUAACUUCUCCGCAAUGGUUCCCUUGUGGAUGUUCCUGGUUGCAAUUACAUGUGGGAAUACAUUUGUCCUUAAGCCUUCUGAAAAAAAUCCAGGUGCUUCAAUGAAGCUUGCAGAGUUGACCAUAGAGGCAGGUUUACCUGAUGGAGUCUUAAAUAUUGUUCAUGGAGGCAAUGAUAUCCUCAAUUAUGUAUGUGAGGACGAUGAUGUAAAAGCCAUAUCAUAUGUUGGCUCCUAUAUGGAUGGUAUGGACAUAUAUGCUAAAGCAACUGCCAGAGGGAAACGUGUUGAGGCCAAUACAGGAUCCAAAAAUCAGGCUGUUGUCAUGCCUGAUGCAUGCGUGGAUGCUACACUUGAUGCUCUGGUUGCUUCUGGUUUGGUUGCUGCAGGAGAUCCCUGCAUGUCACUCAGCUCAGUAAUUUUUGUUGGACAUGCUACACCAUGGGAGGAGGAACUUGUCAAACGCGCUAAAACCCUAAAAGUUAGUGGAGGAACAGAUGCAGGAGCCGAUGUGGGCCCAGUGCUCAGCAAGGAGGUGAAGGAUGAGAUAUGCAGAUUUGUGCAAAGGGCAGUUGAAAGUGGUGCUAGAGCUAUCCUUGAUGGAAGGAACAUUAUGGUUCCAGGAUAUGAGGAUGGAAAUUUUGUCGGCCCAACUAUCUUGAGUGGCGUUACAACUAGCAUGGAGUGUUGUAAGGAAGAUAUUUUUGGACCAGUGCUGCUAUGUACACAGGUGAACAGUUUAGAAGAUGCUGUAGCCAUAAUCAACCAGCAAAAGUUUGGAAAUGGAGCAUCUAUAUUUACCACAUCAGGUAUUACAGCAAGGAAGUUUCAGAAUGCGGUUGAGAUAGGUUUGAUUGGGAUCAAUGUUCCUGUUCCUUUUCAGUUGACAGAAUCCUUUGCCGGGAAAGCAGGUAUCCAGUUCUACACAAAGGUUAAAAUAGUUGCACAGCAAUGGAGGGAGCCAACCUCCAAAGGAAUCUUAUCAAGUAAAAACUUGACAUCAAAUCAAGCCGUUCCAGCGACCGUGCCUUCAUCAUCUGAUAUUGAUAUAUCCAGCGACGAAACCUCGGAUUCAAAAUCAUCACAAGGGGAGAUGACAUAUCAGGAAGGGCCAGUAAACAUACCUUCCACUGAAAAUGAUCCAUGCUGCAGUGCGACAUCAAUGCCAUUGGCUAGCACAUCCGAGUUGAGUUCACCAAACAAGACAACUCCAUUGGCUAGCACAUCUGAGUUGAGUUCACCAAACAGGACAACUCCAUUGGCUAGCACAUCCGAGUUGAGUUCACCAAACAGGACAACCCUAUUAACUGAGUUGUUAUCCGAGUCCCGAGCACCUGACAACAGCUUAUACUUGCCUUUUACUGUUACUUGAGACGAAAACGAAGAAGACGAGAAAAUUCUUGUAAGAUAAGAUCAUCUAAUGGUCUUCUUGACUGCAUAUACAUCAGGAAGAAAACAUCUUUUGGUAAUUAGUUAAGUGUUAAUUCUUCCUCUUAAAUGUUUCUCUCCUAGGGUUUACCACAAACAUAAAUAAACUCAAGCAUAAUCCAAUAUGAGUUGGUUUAGCAAUUUUCA